CCUCCAAGAGAGAAACCCUCGAGCUCUCUCCCUCCUCUCUAACUCCCCCGCCCGAACUCUAAAACCCUCGCGCCGCCUGCUCCCAUCCUUCUCGCCCCCGCCGCCCAGCUCCCGCCUCUAGGUUUUCUCCCAACCCUAGCUUCCCUUUUCUUGAUCUCUAGGGUGUUGGGCGUCCUGUAGGGCUCCGGUGAGGCGGGUAGAUGGAGCCGUCGUCGUCGUCUUCGUCUUCGUCUUCGUCCUCGGCGCCGUCGCGGGCGUCGGAGCAGGGGAAGCUCUUCGUCGGAGGGAUCUCGUCGGAGACGAGGGAGGAGGCGCUCGCGGAGCACUUUAAGAAGUACGGGGAGGUGAAGGAGGUGGUGGUCAUGAGGGACAGGACCACAGGGAACGGCCGGGGCUUCGGGUUCGUCCAGUUUUUGGAGCCGGAGACGGCGGAGAGGGCUCUUCAGGAAAAGGAGAAGCACGUCAUUCAUGGGAGAACGGUAGAAGUGAAGAAAGCCAUACCCAGAGGUGAACAACAUCAAAGUCACCAAUCCCCUCACCACCGAUACCCAAAUCAGAGCCCCCAUCAUAGUAGAGAUAGUAGAGGGUCGAGUAGGAGCAGUACUAACAAUAACAGCAGCAAUGGGAGUCACUUUAAGUCGAAGAAGAUUUUUGUAGGUGGUUUGUCUGAUAAUAUCACGGAAGAUGAGUUCAAGAAUUAUUUUAAGGAGUUUGGUACAAUAACAGACGUGGUUGUGAUGUAUGAUAGUGCAACCCACCGACCAAGAGGCUUUGGCUUCAUCACCUUUGAUUCUGAAGAGGCUGUUGAGAAAGUAAUGCAGAAAAGUUUCCAUGAGUUGAAUGGUAAAUAUGUAGAGGUUAAGAUAGCAGUGCCAAAGGAUGGGAAUAAUCAUAGCAAUAAUGGUAAUCAUGAUAAUAACAAUUAUAACUCACGAACCAUUGGUGGUAGAGGAGCUGCUUUUUGUAAUUACCCAGGUGGGAUUUACUCACCUUACACUCCUAGGUACGGGUAUUUUCAUGGUUAUGCGCCGCCACCUUUGUAUGCUUAUGGUGCUGGUGGUUAUGGAGGAUAUACUGUUGGAGGCUAUGGUGGGAUUGGUUAUGGAGGUCCAGUUCCAGGUCCAAGGGGCCCUUGGAACGUCCAGGGAUGGGUGGCCUCAAGGCGCGGUCUGGUGCCAUAUGGCAAUUCUUUUACGUAUCCUGGUUACAUCAAUGGCGACUUUGGCGGCUACACAGGUAUGGCUGGUGGCAAUUUUCGUGGGGUUGCUGCUCUUGGCAAUGGCAAGGGGAAUCAAACUGGCUCUAACGUGCAAACAACAGCAGUUUCUUGUACGACGACAUCGCAAGUUGAAACUGUGAAGUUGGACGCCAAGUAACAUCUCGGAUGUUAUCUCUAGCGGCGCGCCCAACACAGGUUUUUUCAGCAUUUAGCUGGUAAUUCUUCUGAAGCCUGAAUCUCAAUUCUCUGAUGAAAAUAGCCAUUCGAAUGAACUCAACUUUCUUUUAUACAUUUGUGCUUUAACUUAAUUGACUGAAAACUUGGUGGUUGGAUGGGUGGCCUGGCAGGACCGCAUGUUAUAUUUUUUAAUUCUUAAAUGCUGUCUCAGCAACCUUGUGGUUUGGAUGGAUAAGGUGGUAUUUGCAUGAAUGUUAGGGAUGACACCCUGGUGCUUCUGCAUCCUAAUCAUUA